CAUAAAUCUGUGACGUUGUACUCAUGAACAAGUGCCCUUUCACAAUACGCCAUCCGAUUUUACAAACUUUUUGUCGAAAACCAAAAUAAAAUCGGCAAAAUGUUUAAUAUGAUGGGUGACACGCUUUCGCGGACACUACAACCUAAAAAGACAUCAAUCAGCCAUGACUACAAAGUCACUGGAAGUGUAUUGGGAUUAGGAAUUAACGGAAAAGUGGUGGAAUGUUACUCGCUUCGUAGUGGCGAAAAGUUUGCCUUGAAGGUGCUGAGGGAUGUCCCUAAAGCCAGAAGAGAAAUCGACCUGCACUGGAGAGCAUCAAAUUGCAAACAUAUAGUGAGAAUAAUAGAUGUGUAUGAGAACAAUUAUGGAGGUCAAAAGUGCCUGCUUGUGGUUAUGGAGUGCAUGGAAGGCGGAGAGCUCUUCAGUAGGAUACAGGAGAGAGCGGACUCCGCAUUUACAGAACGAGAGGCAGCACACAUCAUCAGUGAUAUUGCCAAGGCUAUUCACUACCUACAUUCCAUGAACAUGGCACACAGGGAUCUAAAGCCAGAGAAUUUGCUAUACUCUAAGAAAGGCAAUGAUGGCAUCAUAAAGCUCACAGACUUUGGUUUUGCGAAGGAGCUUCUUGCGUACAAGUCCCUGCAGACGCCCUGUUAUACGCCAUACUAUGUCGCUCCUGAAGUGCUUGGGCCAGAAAAAUAUGACAAAUCCUGUGAUAUGUGGUCUUUAGGCGUUAUAAUGUAUAUUUUGUUAUGUGGGUAUCCACCAUUCUACAGCAAUCAUGGGGCAGCUAUUUCUCCAGGCAUGAAGAAGCGUAUCCGUAAUGGACAGUACGAGUUCCCCAACCCAGAGUGGAACAGAGUGUCAAAAGAUGCCAAAGACUUGAUUCGUGGCUUGCUGAAGACUGUUCCAGAGGAGAGAUUCUCAAUUGAACAAGUUAUGAGCAACAAAUGGAUCUCUGACCAACAGGUGGUUCCUGCGACGCCUCUCAUGUCUGCGCAGGUGCUCAGGGAGGAGGGAGAGAACUGGUGUGAUGUACAGGAUGAGAUGACCAAUGCCCUUGCAACCAUGCGUGUGGACUAUGAUCAAAUAAAUAUUAAAAGUUUAGACGAGUCGCAAAAUCCAAUCCUCCAGAAGCGCCGUAAGAAGACGGGAAACCCACAAAUCCCACCGGCUCUUGUCGAAGAUUCGGGCAUGGAGUAAUGCAUGCAGCCACCUGUUGGCACCUGCGUAUGAUAAAAGUGUGUUACUGACGCUCGUUAAACUGUUUAUUCAUGGAAUAUAAGGCUUUUAACAGUGCUACUUAUAAUAUAAUGUGUGUUUGUUGGUCUUGUUUUUUUUAGGUAUGCAUUUGGCACAUUUUGUUCAUUGUGCCAAAAAAAUGCAAACAAUUUUUUGGGGGAAAGAUAAGUCUUUUUGUUUUAAAAUCAAAACAUGUUUACAUAAUGAAAUCUAUGCAUGUGUGGUCACAUAAGUAUAGAAAUUGAACAAAUUGACCUUGCUAGAUGUUUUCUGGAUAUAAAAUGUUUAGGGUUAAGAUUAUAUUACCCAAUUUCAGUUACCCUGAGUAAUUUGGUGGUUGGUUAUUCAUACCAAACUGAAGUCAUUUACUGGUACUAGAAACAAACAGUAGAUUAGUCUUGAUUGUGAAUGCUCUUUAAAAUCAUGUCCGAUAUCUUCAGAUCAUUCAGAAUAAGUGUAAACAUUUAAAAAAAAGAGAAGUGCCAUUGGUUGAAUAACACGCUCUGUGUUACUGUCCCACCUUUUUAAAUAUUAAUAAUGUCAUUUGUAUUUUUUAUGGACAUGUUAUUAAAUAUCAUGUCUUUAUGUUAUUAUUUCCAAUGAAUGCUUUCAUUCACAGUGGACACUUCUGAAAUUAUAAUGAUUAGAGAAACAACAAACAAAACCAGAACUGUGAAUUCACUUAAACGUUGGGCACUUUAGAAUAACAAAUUAUUUAUGUAAAGAACAUUGAACAUAUAGAUUGUUGCUUCUAUUUACAAAUGUAUAUGUAUGGACAAAUGUGUAAGCUGCAUAGAACGUUGCAAAUGGUAAAUCAGUAAAUAUUUGCAGUUGUUAUAAACUCAUGCAAUGGCAGGAGGGCACAAAAUGGUGAACAUAAUUUAUUCUUAAGUAUUGAAAAAUAGUUUUUGAAAGACUUGAAAAGUUUUUAAGUAUACUGUAAACAGAAAGUUUUAAAUGAAACACAACUGUUCAACAAUAUCAUGUUGACUUGUGCGAAGCAUUAUGUACAUGUAUAAAUAUUAUAUCUUUACUUGUAUAAUGUAUUGAACAUUGUAAGCGAUGCACACAAGUUUAAUUUGUUUAUGUGUUGUUUCCUAUGUUGGUAAGAUGAACAUUUCAUAAUAGUAAAUGAAUUUAGGUUGAGGAUGGAUGACAUUGCAGUAGAAUACAUGAUGGUUCUAUCUUAAGAUAUAUUUUUUUAUUGAGAAUUUUUUGCUUAUGCAAUUGUUAUGUCUACAUUAAUUGUUGUUGUUUUUUUGUACCAAAUAAUGUUGAUGGUAUUGUAUUGGAACAAUUUUUGGAUUUGCAUUAGUGCAUAUAUACAUAUUAUAUUUACUUCUGUAUAAAAUGUUGAUAGGUUUUAGUGAAGGAUCUUCUUUCUUUUUGAACUAGAAUCAAGUAUACAAAAAGUACUUAACAAUUCCUUAUUUGUCAUUAAGUUGUUAGUUUUUCAUUUUGUUGCUAUAGAAAUGAUUUUUUAUGUUGGGUAAAAUUGGCAGAUAAAGUGUGAACACUGUAACAAAGCCUUAUUCCAUGUACAUGUAACUCAAAUUAACCAUUUUGCACAUAUUAUUUUAGCCUGCUUAGGUUUGCAUUGAAUAUAGGAUUAAGCUAAAAAAUAAUUGUAAUACAUGUGUACUGAUCAACCUUAAAAGUCAAUGACAACGUUAAUCUUGUAAAAAGUUUCAUGAUUCAUACAAUAACAUUAUUAAUUAACGUGUUCUUAUGUAUCUCUAAGAAAAAUACAAAUGUAUAAGUUUUUUAAUAUUUUUUUACAAUAUUUGUUACAAUUUUGAUUUGGAAAAACACCUUCUAAGGAGACCAUAAACAUUUUCCUUCUCUUAUGUUAAAAAAUACAGACAAUCCGAAGCGCAUGCUAUCAGUUCUAAAUACUAUCUGUGUAGUUCUGUAAUGUAAGCUUUUAGCUUAUACAUGUAAGGAAUCAUCAAAUUAAACAAAAUGUCAAAGAGUUUAUAGUCUUAUGUAUUGUGUUGGCCCUUAAUAUUUUCUUCAAUCAAACUUUGUAUGACCCAACUGUUCUGCAGAGAUAUUGAGACACUAAAACAUAGUAAUAAAAUUAAUCAAAUUGUA